AUCGACAGCCUUUGUAUAGCGCACAUAAUUAGUUUUAAAUUCCCAUUUGUAAGGUAUUACUAGAGUUACGGUAUUUAACAGAGCUUUCAACCUAAUUAACCCCAGUUGUCACGCCUUUUCACGUAAUUCUAACGGUAGCAAUUAGCCACAAACUUCAAUGACUUCACACGGUUUCGUAAUUUCAAAGUCCAUUCAGGUGUAGACAGUUGUGGAAGAAUAUCUUAAGCAGCGUAAUAAAAAGUAAUCCAAAAAUGAACAGCAGUUCGAUUGGUGGCAAGAAAAAGCUUCACAAAAACAAUAAAUGCAAAGGGAUUCUUCAAAUCAUUGCCGAUUACGUAACACAAUUUUUAGGCCAAACAACACUGCAAGGACUCAUUUAUGUUGGCAAUUCGCAGCUGCGCAUCUGGGAAAGGGCUUACUUUCUCAUCUGGUUUGUGACUGUUAUAACUGUGGCCAUAAGCUUUGCGAGGAACGUGUACACGCGUUGGGAAACUACACCGAUUAUUAUAGGUUUGGAGGCGCAUACUACUCAAAUACGCACCACCCCUUUUCCAGCGAUCACUAUCUGUAACAUGAACCAAGCGCUGCGCAGCCAAACUGAAAACUUUUCGCGUCAUUCGUUGGGCUACGCGAUGACUCAAAAGAUAUGCUUUCAAAACGUGGAUUAUAGUCAGUUCGAUGACUUAAAACCCGCCUCAAAGGACGACACGUUUACGAAUUUUAUCUGGCGCAAUGGUCAAACGUGUGACAAAAUGAUUGUCUAUUGCCGCUUUGGCAACAAGGAGGACCGCUGUACUGAUUUCUACCGAGAGGUACUUAUGGAUGAAGGAAUUUGCUGUGCCUUCAAUAUCUUACAUCCAUCCUAUUUAUACAAGGGAAAAUAUAUAUUUGUGCGUGAUUUUACUUCUUCUAUUGGCACCAUACCUGUAGACUGGAAUUUGGAGACUGGUUAUGCUGAUAAGCUGCCGCUUUACUAUUAUCCUCGUACGGCCGUCGGCGCAGGUGUUACGUUGGGGUUUACUUUCGUACUCAAUGCUAACCUUAGCGAAUAUCUUUGCUCGUCAACGUUUAGUACCGGGUUGAAGGUGAUCACUCACAAUCCAAUCGACACACCGCACGUUAAAGAGACCGGGUUAUCCGUCCAACCAGGUUAUCAACAUCGCUUUCGAUUGAAUAUCGACAGUUCAAAAGCGCUGCCUUCGACACGUAGUAUAACGCCAAAACGUCGCCAAUGUCUCUUCAAUAACGAACUGGAAUUGUUAUAUUUCCGUUACUACACACGACGCAAUUGCGAAAUGGAAUGUGAUUCCAAAUAUUAUCUACGUCGCUGUCAGUGCAUUCCAUAUCACAUGCCACUCAUCUACCCGAACGCCAGUGUCUGCAAUGUGAAAGAUUUUAAUUGUGAAGCCAAAGCCGAGGCGGAGGUCAACGAUGAGCAACAUGUGGCUUGUAAGCGUGAGUGCUUACCGGGUUGUUUCAAUUUGGAAUACUUUCCUACUGUCUACCGGACACCGCUGGCGAACACGUCGUUUGUUUUUAGAGAUGAGUUCUUUACAAAUUUCACAAAGCAAGAAAUACAUGAAAACAUCGUUUUGGUGCAAAUUUACUUCGCCGAUGAUUUGUUUAGAUCCAAAGUUAGAUCACCGUAUACCAGCUUUACGGAUUACCUCUCACAAACUGGUGGCAUUAUGAGCUUGAUGAUUGGUUUCGGGGUUAUAUCAGUACCUGAGUUCUUCUACUUCUUCUUUAUUCGUCCAAUUUUCGAUUUGAUAUUGAGGCGACUCCCAUGUGUUGUGCGUCGAGUGACUGCAAGGAGAUUUCAAAAAGGUGCAAAUGCAAAUGGACUUCUUUUGGGUAAAAAGCAUCCAUUUUUUGCGAGAAAACCAUUAGCCACGUGUCGUCGGCCAUUGAAGCCUUUUAAUGGUUAUAACAGUCAAAUAUUAUGCAAUGGCUUAAUGAAAAAGAUGUCAUUAAGAAAUGAUCAAGUUUUGAAUAUCGUUAUGGAGAAGGAAGGUUUGUUUCCUUACACAGAAUGAACCGUUGAUCCUCAUGCGAAGCCUCUUUUUAACAUAUUCUGCACUGGUUUCAAAACAACGCAUACCGUAUCAACGAGAAUACCGAGAAAAAACUUUGAUUUCAGAAUAUAAACGCCUUAAACACCAUAUCUAGAGUUAACAGGAAUAUCUCCAAAUCAAGAUGAUU